GGCCUCUUUGAGAAGUGUUCUAGGCACAGACCAGAGAGUCCAGCAAUGAAAAUGCAGUCUCCAAGGAUAUUAUUCAGGAGUUUGGCUAUCAUGGUCAUCAUUACUUCAGUCAUUUGGGCAAAAGCAGAUGCUGAAAAGUUCACCUCCUGCUGCACAGCUGUGUCUGAUGAAGAGGUGACGGGCCCAAUCAAGGCCUUCAGGAUACAGAGACCGCACAGUCACUGUGUCCUCGCAGUUAUCAUCACCACAGACAAGAAUGAGGACUUUUGCUGCUCAGUUAACUCUCCCUGGGUGGACAAAAAAUAUCGAGAAUUUAUGAGGAACCUGAGGAGGACCAGGGCAUCUAGAGCAUCCACACCUCUGGCACGUCUCACAUCCUCAACACCAAGCACAGCAUUCAGCACUGACCAGUCACCUACAGAGGGGUCUGGACAGCGACGUCUCACAUCCUCGACACCAAGCACAGCAUUCAGCACUGACCAGUCACCUACAGAGGGGUCUGGACACCCACAGAGCCCACUGUUCACUAUGCAGUCUCCCAUGACCUUCUUCAGGAGCCUGGUCCUCAUAACCAUCAUUGCUUCGGUCACCUGGAUGAGAGCAGAUGCUGAAAAGUUUGUGUCCUGCUGCACAGCCGUGUCUAAUGAGGAGGUGAUGGACCCGAUCGUUGGCUUCAGAAUACAGAAGGCGGAUAAACACUGCGUGGCUGCAAUGAUUCUUAAGACGGAGAAUAAUGAAGACUUCUGCUGUCCCAUUCGCGCUCCAUGGGUGAAGACCAAGAUUGUAGAGUUUAUGGGGAACCUGAGAAAGGAGAGGCAAGCUAAAGUCUCUACACUGCAGCGUCUCAUCACCUCAGGACAAAAGGCUUAAAGAACCGGGGUCCAACUCUCCAGAUGUGCGAUCUGGCCAACGAUUAUUUUCAAAUGUCUCUUUUUCAGUCAUACAGAGCCUUCUUUAAUUUGUGAGGAAUUGGUCUCGUCAAACAUCCGUUAAUAUUGAAUUAUUUAUUCAUUUUAUUUAUUACAACACAAAAAGUAUGGUGUCCUUGACCAGAAUAAAUCAAAUUGACCCAUAUUCUGUGAUUAGAUUAUUUAAUAUUUAAAUCAGGUAAUUUAAGUUUUAUUGUACUUUAUUUUUUACUGAUUUAUUUAUUUUUAAACUUUGAAUGAUGUGUGCUGGAAACACAUUUUAGUUCCAUACAUCCGAGAUGUUGAAUUUGAUUUGUAUCAAAGUUUUGUUAUUACUUUAAGACGUUGUGACGUUGUGUGUAUGUAUAUACGUAUGUAUAGAGCUUACUUUGAUAAUGCAGUCUUUCUGUUGUGAAUGAUAUAA